AUGGGUUAGUUUCCCGAAAAAAUUGUUGAACUGACCUAAUUCUAUCAAUCAUUUCAUCAGAUGUGCUCUCAAAACAAGCGGAAAUUUGUGAGAGUAACUGGUGGAGAAAUCUAUUGUACGUCAACAACUUUGCCGGCGAAGCGAACAGCGUCAGUGGUUCCUUUGAGCUAUCUGAUUACCCGAAUCAUUCUUACAGUGCUACAGUAUCACCUGGUUCCUGGCGGUCGACACUCAAUUGUACUUUCUCGCUCCUUUCCUCCUCACAUCCCUCUUUUUCUCGUUGACCGGCGGAGUGAUUCUCAUUAUCAGCGGCUCAUUCGUCAUCGUUAUCGUUGUUUAUUUCCUUUUCGGAGUUUAUGAUCUGCCCGCUGACUUUGUCGGGAACGGAAACCACGAUGCUUUCCGUUCUGUGAUCCACGAGGUUCCCUGGACGAGAUGGUGUCCGUUCGGAAUGGGAAUCAUGACAGGAUACUUCCUUGCGAACUUCACAAAAACAAGACUGAAGCUCCACUGGAUUGUGCCCGUUGGCGGAUGGAUUCUCUCUUCCGCACUUGUCGUUGCGUGUCUGUUCGGCAAUUACAGACAUGAUUCAGGAGGCGAGUGGAGGUUUGCAUCAACUGAAAAUCUUGAAAGAAUUGGCAAUAUCUUCAGUGUUUACCAGCGAGCAACUUACUUCAACUUCUCCCAAAUCGGCUGGACUCUCUGCGUCUGCUGGCUCAUCAUCGCCACUCACUAUGGCUGGGGAGGUCCGAUCGGGAACUUCAUGUGCCAUCCGAUCUGGCAGCCGUUCGGAAGACUCUCCUAUUGUGCGUACAUUGUGCACAGACUUGUCCUCUUCUGGUUCUAUAAUCUCGGCGGAGGAAGUCCGAAGGCGUAUUCUGCGGUUCAGAUGGUAAAGUUAGAAUAAAUGCCUUUAAAAACGAUUGUUUUUCUAUUUUCUAUUUCUAGUUCCUCUACCACUCAAUUCCCGCCACUGUUCUCUCCUAUUUCGCGGCGUUCUUCUGGAGUGCACUGUUCGAAGUUCCGAUUGUCAGGUGAGUUUGCCCCACCUAUAAGAUAUCACACUUCCCCUUCAGAAUAGAGAAAAUCUUCAUCGACCCGUUUCUGACUCACCGAAAAGAGCUGAACCCAUCGGUUGAAACGGUGCGAGUGCGGAGAGGAGCCGUCAUUUGA